AUGUCGCUGCUCCAUGGCCGCAGUAUCUUCCUGCGUGGCGUGCGGCGUCUCGAAGCCGUGCACCGGGCUCCCACUGCGGCGUCCUUAUGGGUGGGCCGCCGCCGCCCCGCGUCAUUCGUGCUGCCUGCGCUCGGCAAUGGAGCGCUGAGUUUCUCGACAUCUGCACUGGAUGAAGACAACAAGAAGGGCAAAACGUCGCUGACGAAACCUAAGACGCUGAACGCGCUGAGCGGCAUGGGACUGGAUCGCCCGCCUGAUACGGCAAAGGAGAUCUUGAGCUUCCUCAUGGGUCAUUUGUGGCCCAGCGAGGACUCCAAGGAAGCCAAAGAGAUCAAGCAGAAGGUGCUUAUCUCGGCGGGUCUUGUGGUGGCCUCCAAGGCGCUGACCAUCCAAGUACCAUUUAUCUUUAAAGAGCUCGUGAAUAGUAUGGGUGAAGCCUCCACCGUGCUGGCUGGCUCGCCCGAAAUCACGGUGCCAUUGGCGAUGGUGCUCGGCUAUGGACUAGCUAGGUUCAGUGCCAGCGCGUCGUCCGAACUCGCCAAUGCUGUGUUUGCGACAGUGGCGCAGAAGACCAUCCGCAAGGUGGCAGUUCGUGUGUUCAAGCACUUGCACGCCAUGGACCUCAAGUUCCACCUAGACCGCCAGACAGGUGCCCUCUCACGCAUCAUUGACCGCGGCUCGCGGUCGAUUGACUUUGUGCUGCGUGCCAUGGCCUUCCGAGUGGUGCCGACAGUGCUGGAGAUCGGUCUUGUGGCCACCAUCAUGGCUACCAGCUUCGGACUACCGUACGCGGGUGUGACGCUCGGCACGCUAACAGCGUACACGGCGUUCACAGUGCUGGUAACGCAGUGGCGCGACGAGAUUCGUCGUGAGAUGAACCGUCUCGAGAAUGAGGCUGGCGCCAAGGUUAUCGAUUCAUUGAUGAACUACGAGACGGUCAAGUAUUUCAACAACGAGGAACACGAGACGGAGCGCUAUGACGAAUCGCUUAAGGGCUAUCAGAAAGCGGCGCUCAAGACGCAAACGUCGCUGGCCAUGCUGAACGCCGGACAGAACGGCAUCUUUAGUGUCGGUCUUACUGCUAUCAUGUACAUGGCGUGCGAAGGAAUCGCUGCUGGAACGCUUAGCGUUGGUGAUUUAGUACUCGUCAAUGGUUUGCUCUUCCAGCUGUCGAUCCCGCUAAACUUCAUCGGCAGUAUCUACCGUGAAGUUCGCCAAUCGGUCACGGACAUGGAGUCGAUGUUCAAGCUUGGUGCGGUGACGCCUGUCAUCACGAACCCGGACGAGAAUCUGAGUCUGUCGGGUAAGGAACCCAAGUCGAUUGAGUUCCGUGAUGUAGAGUUCGGAUAUCGACCGGAACUCCCGAUUCUGCGUAAGGCUUCAUUCAAGGUGGACGCUGGCAAGCGCGUUGCAAUCGUUGGCACGAGCGGCUCCGGCAAGUCGACAGUACUCCGAUUGCUCUACCGUUUCUACGAUCCCCAAAACGGUACGAUCCUCAUCGAUGGAAAGGAUAUCCGCCAGUUGAGUCUGGACGAGCUGCGCCAAGCUAUUGCUAUCGUCCCUCAAGACACCGUGUUGUUCAACGACACGAUCUUCUACAACAUUAAUUACGGACGUCUUGAGGCAACAUCGGAAGAGGUUAUGAACGCCGCCCGUGUCUCGCAGAUCCACCGCUCGAUUGAGACUUUCCCGGAUGGAUACAACACCCGUGUGGGUGAGCGCGGACUGAAGCUCUCUGGAGGUGAGAAGCAGCGUGUGUCGAUAGCCCGCGCGAUGCUUAAGGACUCACCGAUCCUGCUGUUCGAUGAGGCCACGAGUGCCCUUGACUCGGAGACGGAAUCCGAGAUCGUGCGCGAGUUCGCAUCCAUUGGCGCGAACCGCACAUCGCUCAUCAUUGCUCACCGUCUGUCGACCAUCCAGGACGCCGACGAGAUCAUCGUGUUUGACAAGGGCCAUGUGAUCCAGCAGGGCUCGCACGAGGAGCUACUGCGUGAUGUUGAAGGGAAAUACGCCGAGAUGUGGUCUCGCCAGAACCACCACGUGCUCGGUCUGAUGAGUAACGACGAUGGCCAUGAAGUGACCAAGGACAUUUAG